CUCUUUCUCUCUUUCUUUGAUUUUUGACAUUGUGACAUUUAUGAGAUAAUUAAUUGAUAACCUAAUUAUCAUGUUCCGGUAAUAGUUAAUUUAAUUGACGGUGAAAUUGAUGGUUGAUCUACGAAACGUUACAUUGUCCGUUUAUUAUACAAAAUGGACACAGUUAAGGAAUAUGUAGGAUGUAUCAAUCCUCAUUGGGUAGCCGUAGUUUCAACAGGAAUGUAUACUUAUCUCCGACACAUAUGUAUAAUUGGUUUGUGUUUCGAGGAAGAAAAUAAUCCACCAUUUGAUCCUUCUUAUUCUUCGAUACUUUUCGUUUUUUCUGCAUUGUGCCUUUUAGCAGAGUACAGACUUUGGCCUAGAUCAUUGAAAGAACCACCGAUACAACUUCUAUAUAUUUACGAGAUGUUGGUGGCUUCGUUAACUACGAACCUUGUAACUCGUGCUAUCUGGAUACCAAUGAUGCACGUAAUAUUUUGUCUAACACAAGAGUCAAGCACAUGGUUAUUAUGGUUAAAUACGACAAUAGGUCUUAGUCGGUAUUCAUUAGUAACGACAUUGGCUUAUUAUCUUGCCAAGGAAAAUGCAGCUACACAUAUGGCAUUUUGUUUAUCUUUAUUGUCUUUCGUAUGGAUGUUAGACGCCACUGAAUCUUUGGACACUAUUUUGGAUAUCUGGGCCAAGUAGUAAAAUGAUAAGAUAAAAUAAGUAAGA